AUGAACACGGUAACGGCGUCGAACCUUUUGGAGAAUUCCGUUUUCUCCCUCAUGGAUCAAGAGAACAGUCGCCGCAUGGUUCCCCACGAUAAAAUACAACGGAUAUGGCAGUACGGGGCACAAAACGAGCCAUUGCCAGGAACGGAAACAGAGAAUAUGUCGGCUGUUUACCGCCGUGUUGGCACAAACGAUGCGGAGCACGCAAAGCUUUGCCACGAGUGGUACUAUGGGGAUAAUAUGCCUCAGAGGUUUAAGAAAAUCUGUGAGGAAGGUGGAAGUCGCAACGCCUUUGGGUACCGUCCGGUACUGCGCGUCUCAAAGGAGGUCUUGAAGGAUCAAAACGGUCUGGAGCGUGCAUAUGACAUUACAUACCUGACUGAAACCCGUUACAUUGAUUUUGACACGCUUUGGGGAUAUAUUACGGCGUUUGGGCGUGGCCUCGCGGAGCUCGGUAUUCGGCCGAACGCCAAUGUCGCCAUUUACGAAGAGACACGUUGGGAGUGGCUAGCGACUAUCUACGGCAUUUGGUCACAGGGCAUGGUGGCUUGCACCGUGUAUUCAACAUUGGGUGAGGCCGCGUUGGCGUAUGCAUUCAGGGAGACGGAGUGCAGUGCGAUUGUGUGUAACGCGGCGUCGGUGCGGAAUCUGCUAAGGAUGAUGCGCGAGGAUUUAAUACCUUCUGCUGUUAUUAUAUACUUGGGGGAGCUACCGCCCGAUGUCGAAGCAGGAAGUCACCGAAUUUUCUCUUGGCUUC